GCUGAUCGGCCCAACACGCCUGCUCGCCUGCUCGGCAAAUCGAUAUUUGAGCUCCGGUAGCGCUAAGUGCUUGGCACAUUCACUCGUGAAACUACCGUUUGCAGCAGCUUGAAACCAUGGUUUCGUUGCUAAAAUCUAAGCCCGUGGUUUUGCUGAGCGCGGUCGGCACCGGAGUCGGGGCGGUACUGCUCUUCAGGGAAUAUUACGUGGGCGGUUGCCGCUACGAUGAGGACAAGAAACUGGACGGCAAGCUUGUCGUAAUUACGGGUGCCAACACAGGUCUGGGCAGAGCGGCUGCUAAAGAGUUCGCCACUAAAGGCGCCAGCGUCAUCAUGGCUUGCCGGGACCUGACCAAGUGCCGACGGGUCAGGGCCGAAAUCAUGACGCAGACUCGGAACAAGCGAGUUGUCUGCGAAGAGUUGGACCUCGCCUCCUUGGAGUCGAUACGCAAUUUCGCGGCGAGAAUUAAUGAGAGUGUGAAGCAGAUUGACAUACUUGUGAACAAUGCUGGUGUCAUGAGGUGUCCAAAGCUGCUGACAAAGGAUGGCUUUGAAAUGCAGCUUGGUGUAAACCAUCUUGGUCAUUUUUGCCUGACCAGCCUGCUUCUAGACAAGGUCAAGGCUGCAGCGCCAAGCCGUGUGAUAAAUGUAGCAAGCACGGCUCACCAGAGAGGAAAGAUCAACUACACUGACCUCAACUCGGACAAGGAAUAUGAUCCUGCCACUGCCUACAACCAGAGCAAGCUCGCAAAUGUAUUGUUCACUAAGGAACUUGCCGAGAAACUGAAAGGUACGGGCGUAUCAGUGUUUGCGGUGCAUCCGGGAAUUGUCAACACGGAUAUCACGCGCUACAUGGGAAUCGCGUCUUCGUGGACGGCCACGCUGUUUGCCAAGCCGUUGCUGUGGCUGUUUGCCAAGACUCCACAGCAGGGUGUCCAGGGCAUCAUGUAUUGUGCUCUAAGUGACGGUAUCGAAGAGCACAGUGGGAAGUACUUUUGCGACUGCAAAGUGACAGCACCAAAUCCGAUUGCCGAAGACAGGAUUGCCUCAAGUUGGCUGUGGGCUGUCAGCGAAAAGUGGACUGGCGUGUCAUAGACGUGCCUGCAGUGUGGCAUGAUUCAUCCAGCUCUAUAGCAGGUGUACACAAUGUAAAUAAAUUUAUUGUUUAGGUUUGCGAGCA